CUUGUUUAUUUUUUUACAUUCCUUGGUCUAAUAGUUGUUAGCUAAAACUAGCUACCGAGCAAAAAUGCCAGGACGUUGUUCAGCUUUCAACUGUAGGAAUACGUUUAAAAAUGUUAAACAUAAAACAAACAAGGUUACAUUUCACAGCUUUCCAAAGCGUGAUCCUAAACGAAUAAAAGAGUGGGUGGGUCAGAUGAAAUGGAAAGACUGGCAGCCAACCCCUCAUUCCUUACUGUGCUCAGAGCAUUUUGAGGAGAGGUGCAUGGAUAGAACUGGGCAGACAGUGCGUUUACGUGAUGAUGCAAUACCAACUAUCUUUGCCUUUCCUAGUCACCUACAAAAAAAGUUUCAGAAAACAGCCGGAAGGAGGAAAAGAGUAACCUUGUUUCCAGAGGAUCCUGUUCCUGAGGAGUCGACACAACGGGAGAAGUCUCCACCCACCUACUUAAACCACAGUAUAUGGCACCCAAGUCGUUUCCAUGACGACUACUGUGUUCCACAGAGUAUUGACUGGGCUGUAAAAGACAUGCCUAAAGAAAUCCCAUCUGCAACUUUAGAAAAGCAAGGUCUGAUCUUUAUCCCCAAGCACGCAAUCAAGAUCAAGGAGAAAUGGGAUUGGCUGACAAUGGAUGUGAAGGGACCAUUUCCAGAGACCAAAAGUAGACACAAGUUUGUACUAACUGUAAUGGACUACUACUCCAAAUGGAUGGAAGCCUACCCCAUGAAGACCAACAACAGUAAAGAGAUUGCCAAAAUCAUCUCUGACCUCAUCUCUCGCUUUGGCUUCCCUGUUGGAAUCCUGUCUUGUUUGACUCGAGCACACAUUUUAGAGAUCAACUUGGCUUUGGGUGAUCUGAAGAAACUGACAGGCCAACUCAUAUUCUACCGUCCUCUGGGAGUGUCACUGGAUCCAGUAACAAAGUCCCUUGUAGACCGGUUGGUGUCAGAUUUGGUGAAAGAACAUCCUGAUCGUUGGGAUGUUUACCUGGCUGCCAGUGUGUUCAGCUUCUGCUGCAAAGAGCACCCCACCACCAGACAAAUACCCCUGUCUCUGCUGCGCUGCGGAGGGACUCAGUCUGUCUCCACCUCACCAAGAAAGCUGCCUGAUAAUGGGAUAAAAGGAAGGACCUUUGUCAUACUAGAUGCCCAGCCACCUCAAAGGGAAGUCCGUGUGGAGUGCAAUCAGUGCAGUCAAUGGAGCACGGUCAGCCAGGACUCAGAGCUGAAGAGAUAUGAGGAGAUGAAACUUGGGGAGGAGGACUACACCCACACCUGUGUGAGCUGCAGGGUGGCCAUGAGCUGCAGGGUGGCCCUGGAGGUCAUGAGGGGUUAGGAGACAAGGACAUGAAGAACUGGAUGUAAAUGAGAAAGCUUUUCAAACAAGGACUGAAAAGAUGGAGGAUAUAAUAAGGACGUUGGAAACCAAGUGGUGGUGAAGGAAGAGAUUGCUGUUGGAGUGAAAAAAGGUUCCAUGGGGAAGAAGUUUGAACAAUAGGAGUUUAUAAUGUGUAUAUACUUACACGUUUCUCAGUCAUACACGUUUUUGGAAUGAAAUAAAAACAGAUAGUGUUGUUUUCAAGUUGUGUGUGCUCAAACAGUGGAUUGUUGUUUAAUAAUGCAUUUGGGCAGACAUCUAUAUACUGCUUCAGUGCUUCAUCUAUUCCUCUCUGAUUUGGGGUAUUUUAGAGAAUGGGGUAGCUUUUCUAUAUUCUUAUUUAACUAGGCAAGUCAGUUAAGAACAAAUUCUUAUUUACAAUGACAGUCUACCAAAAGACAAAAGGCCUGCGGGGACGGGGGCUGGGAUUAAAAUAACAAUAUAGGACAAAACACACAUCACGACAAGAGAGACAACUCAACACUACAUAAAGAGAGACCUAAGACAGCAUGGCAGGAACACAUGACAACACAACAUGGUAGCAACACAACUUGGCAGCAGCACAAAUCGUGGUACAAACAUGUUAAUGGGAUUUAUGUUAAUUGAAUGAUUAGAAUAUUCCACCCUGAAACCAUAUAAUUGUAUGGAAUUGGCUAGAAUGUAUAAAAUUAUAAUUAAUAAAUGUGUAGUUCUAGUCAGAAUUAGGUUAAAACAAUAUAGCUAAUGUUUGUCUUUAUGGAAUUUUAAAGACAGACUGAGCAAAAUUUGUCGCCGACCUGACCAGAGAUUUGGGAGAGAACAGGGAGUACGGCUCAAGGUCUCCCUAAUCUCUGUCGGCUGGGUAGUGAGGACAUUGUGUGCGUCUGUUUGUGUGAAUGUGUGUGCGCGUAUGGUUGUGUGAAUGUGGGCGUGAGAAGUCAGUAUAAAAUGAAUUGAUUUGUAUUCUUGUCUUCAGAACGUCCCGUGAAUAAACCUUUUUGACUA